AUGUUUGUGGGCAGGAAUAGUAGCUCAGUAAAAGCCCAAGACUAUUUGAAAAUCAUUUCCACCAAAAACAAAAAGAAGCAUCAAGAAACAACGCGUUCUGUUUCUAACGAAGAGAAAAUAAAUACCUUUUGUUGUUCUGGCAUAAGAAGUGUUGCUGUAGCUGUUGCGUUGUACGCAUUGAACAAUAGAGGUUUUGUUAGUUCCGUUCGGUGGAUAACAUCAAUGGAGCCAGUGUUGGAGAAACUCAACGCCUUCACGAAAUCCGGCCAAGACUUUCUUGACGGCGUUUUUCGUCGCCGCAAUCCGAUUGAAAUCCUUAAACGGUUGCAGAGGGAAGCGUUCUCUGAUAUUAUGAAACUCAGAGACCGGCAAGAAAAGGUUGAGAGAGUCCUCUCUUUCUAUCAGUCCACCAAAGGUGGCCCCUUUCAAGAGACCUGCACUCACGUGAGAGGUCACGUGGAUUUUUCGGGUUCUUUGUUGGUCUUGAGUGAUGUUAAUCAGCAAAACUUAGAUAUUGUAGAUAAGUGUGGAAUCAGAACAGGGGUUGAUUCCAGGUUCAUUUUUGAAACAAGCAUUGGGGAGAAAGGUUCUGCUGCUGCUGAGUUUGUGGCUACUCAUGGUGGGAGGGAGCAUUGCGAUGAAAAGCCUCUGUCUCUUUCCAAACUUAGUUUUACAGCAAAUUGGUUCUCUUUGGUGGCUUUGCCAAUUGGUGCCCGGGGCAGAGAUGUUGCAAUUCCUUCCAAUUCUUUCGAUCAGGUUGGAAAAGGGUUUACAGAUUUUUCCUAUUUUGGACCACCUCUUCUCAACUUGCAUUGUGGUUCUGCUAUAGGCAUAACUGUGAGAAAGUCAAAUGUCAUUGCUUCAUUGGCUCGACUUGUAACUGUAAUGUCAAAGCAAAAUGAAGUUUCUGAGGGAGCACCUGAAGUAUUGCCAUCAAUGGGAACACGUGUUUUGGGUGGUUCUAUUGCCUUGACCGCAGAGUCCGAAAUUGAUGGUUUUGGAAAACUUGGAGGUUGGUUCGAGAUGAACAAAUUAAUUCCCCAAUCUGUACAAUUCGGUGUAAUUUUAUCUGAUGAUUCAGAAGAUUCAUUAGGUUGGGGAAUGAGUUUAAGUAGAUUCGUAGGAAAUUCGGCAAAUGAGGCUCAUUUUCAGGCUGAAUCCUACCUAAAAUUUAACAUGGGUGAUAAAUUUUGCUUGAAGCCAGGUGUUGUAUUGGGAACAGAUGGGAAAUCUAAAAUAGCUGCUUUAAUGCUUCGAUCUAAUUGGUCCCUCUGA